AGCGUCCUGCUGGGUGGAGUGAGGCUCAGACGGCAGCAGGAUAUCGUCGGAGGAAACUCACCUGUUGAAGCGCAGCGCUCUGUCUUUACUUGUUUUUUUUUUAUUUUCUGACUCUGAGGCGUUUGCGUUCAGGAUGACAGACACUAUUUUAACAAACGGCACCGGGGACCGCGGAGGACGCGAUAGUUAUUUCAAAAAGGGUUGCAGCCCAAAUGCACAGACCGGACGAAGCAAACUGCAGAACAAGCGAGCCACCCUGAACCAGCAGAUCAUCAAACAGAUGAGGAUGAGGGCUGGAGCUGAGAACCUGCUGAAGGCUACAAACAACAACAAGGUGAAGGAGAUGGUGCUUCUGGAGUUGAGCUACGUUAACUCAGACCUGCAGCUCCUGAUGGGACAGCUGGAGGGACUCAACAGCUCAAUGGAGGUCUACCAGAACACAGAGGAAACGGCCAACAUUCCCCUGAUCGCUCUGGGUCUGAAGGAGACAAAAGAAAUUGACUUUUCCUCUCCGUUCAAGGACUUCAUCCUGGAGCACUACAGUGAAGAUGGCAGAAGUUUUGAGGAGGAGCUGGCUGAUCUCAUGGACCUCAGACAGUCAUGCAGAACACCGAGCCGAUCAGAGGCUGGAGUGGAGCUGCUCGCCAGCUACUACAGCCAUCUUCCUCUGAUAGAGAGCCGCUUCUUCUCGCCAACCCGCCAGAACGGCAUCUUCUUCACCUGGUAUGAUUCCUUCACAGGAGUACCAGUGUGCCAGCAGAACCUUUUACUGGAGAAAGCCAGCAUCCUCUUCAACAUGGCUGCUCUGUACUCCCAGAUCGGCACCCGCAGUGACCGACAGACCAGAGUGGGCUUGGAGCAGGCCAUCGCUGCCUUUCAGAAAGCCGCGGGUGUCCUAAACCUCCUCAAAGAGACUUUCACCCACAUUCCCAGCUACGACAUGAGUCCAGCGAUGGUCAGCAUGCUGAUACGGCUGAUGCUCGCUCAAGCUCAACAGUGUCUGUUUGAGAAGAUGGCGCUGCCGGGGGUCUCAAACCAGUUCUACGCUCUGAUCAGAAUGGCUCAGGAGGCUGCUAAAGUCUCUGAAGUCUUUGACCAGGUCCAUCAGUUCAUGAUCCAGACGCCAAUCAAAGACAACGUCCCGUUGUUCUGGUCCACCAUGUCACUAGUCAAAACCAACCACUACCGCUCCAUGGCACAUUACUUUGUGGCCGCAGCCCUGCUGGAUCAUGAGCUGGGUCCCAGAGACGAUGAGGACCAGCAGGAGAAGAUGUUAUCACAGGUGUAUGAUCAGCUCCCCGAGGGUCGCACCCCCAUCGACAUCCUGAAGAACAAAGAUGAGCGCAAACGCUUUGGUAAAGCUCACAUCCGCCGUGCUGUCUCUGGUCACGAGGAGGCUCUGAGGAUUUAUAGUCUGUGUGAACACUUAACCAAGCUGGAGGCCCUGAAAGACAUUUUAAAAGCCAGCCAUCAGCGCUCGCUCGAAAAGUACAGCGACUUUGAAAACGAGGAAGAGUUCACGGACUACGUAGAUGCCCCAGACAUCACCUCUAAAACUGAACACAGAGCAGAAAUGGAAGUUCCUGCUGCAACAAAGGUGAAAGUCAUCGACUUUUUCCAGAGGCUGGGCCCUCUGGCAAUCUUCUCUGCCAAACAGAAGUGGACACCACCACGGUCCGUACGAAUCUAUCCAGAGGACAGAGACGAGGGCUUUACUCUGAAAGGAGAGUCUCCUGUCCAGGUGGUCUCACUGGAUCCCCACUGUCAGGCUGCAGGUGAUGGCCUGAAAGAGGGAGACUAUAUUGUCGCUGUGGGUAAAACAGACAGCAAAUGGAUGGGAGUUAGUGAGGUGAUGCAACUUCUGAAGGAUGUGGAUGAAGAAGGGACUGAAAUCCAGGUGGUCAGCCUGAUGGACAGCAACCCUUCAAUGCCUGCAAAGAGUGCCACCUUCUGUGGAAACCUGCCUAAGACCUACUCCAUGAUUUGCCUGGCGUAUAAUGAUGAAGAGAAGCCUCUAAAAAACCGCAAAGUAACCAAGAAGUCCUCAUUCCUCAGCUGGGGCAUGAAGAACAAGAUGAAGAGUGCCAGCAUGUUAAACCUGCCUACGAUGGAUCAUUCUGGUGCUAUGUCCUGGAACAAACCCAUUCCCACCUUUCCCAGCUCCAGCUGCUACAACAGCGACAGUAGCCACUAGGGAAGGGACUGCAGACCUGCAGAGUAAUGUUGGUGUAGAUGAUGGACUUGCUGUUCUGGUGCCUGCUGGUGUAGAAUAAUGGCAAAUACUGUAUGUAGCUUGUAUGUCAAUUACUAGAAGCAAAACCACUGGGCCAACACACACACACACACACGAGUGCCUUUGCUAUUACAUGGGUACCAUCCCAGGGCAGCUGUGUUUCCGAAGACAUCUGGAUUGAACACCAGGCAAGAAACGGCUGAAACGGGAUUCUUUGUCACACCAGCAUGGCUGCGGCCCAGUACAGCUGCAGCGUGAGGACAAACACACCAGAUAUCCUUAUCCACUGAGAUUAACUCUCAGCUUUUGUUUGUAGCAGAAACACUCCUGACCAUCCUAGAGAGGGAAGCAAAGUGCUGCUGUCUGCCUGGCUGUAGCAGUGAGAGGUCCUUCGUUAGCCCCGUCGUGUUACUGUGGCUCUCUGUGUCUGAUCUCUAACGUUCAAGUGAAGGAUUCUCCACAUGUGCUGCUGGACUCGAAAAGCCAUGUAUUUACUAAACAGAUCUGUACUUCUGACAGAUAUUUGAAGCAGUGAUUGAGGGAAAACUAAAUGUGCUGUGAUUUUUUGUUUGUGUCUAGGAAGAGUUUUAGAAUGCAAUAUCCCACAAGCUGCUAAAUCGUUGAUGUAUACGUUGGUUGUGUGUUGCUGUUUUGCGUGUGUGAGGCAGUGUCAUCGGGAUGCCGUGUCUGGGACAUGCAGGGAAUGGGAAUAUUUUUUUUUUUAUCUUGCCAGCGCGACUCCAUUCCUGAUCAGAUUUCUGUUACUUGCUGUCUGUUUGGAGGAGCGGCAGCUGUGCGUUUUUAUCAAUGUGCAUCAUGAUGAAGUAAAACCUAAUUAUUUAUACUAGAAGGGACAAAUGUGAAUACAUUGAUGACCUUCAUGCUUUUCACUCGGACAGUCGGCGGUGACUGUGAUCAAAACCAGCUCUGUCUCAACUAAUCUCACAUUUUACUGACAUUUCAUGGUGUUGGACUAUCAUUAUCUACAAAGUAGAUUCUUAUUCAUUUGAUAAUCAAAUUAUUUAUGUAAUUAUUAACACAAAAAUGGAUAUACUGAAGCUGUAGGUGUAGUGUAAAUGUUACAUGGUGGAUUUCUUGGUCUCUUGCAGGAUCAUGUUGGUAAGCUGAGUGUUGUCGUCAUAAAAUGUUUUAAACCUGUAAAUGGUUUUAAUAACACUGAGAAAAUGUAAGAUUCAGUUUUGUCUGCUUACCCAGUGUGUCUUUUUUGUGCCAUUUAAGCUAAAUCUUUACAGUCUCAAGCCGUUUCCUCCACAAUGUGCUGAGUGUGUGUAGCUGUGCAGAGUACACACACACGUGCAUUUUCUUUACGCCACGGUGCCUAGUGAUUCUAAAGGCCUUGGAUGAGGGUCAUGGUUCCUUUUGGUUUUCAGGCUGGCUUGCUCCAUUUCCUGCACUUUAUUUGGCAUAGCUGCUCAUUGUUAAACAUUUGUCUGAUAUGUACACUUCAAUAAAAGAAUAAAGAAAAGGGGCUUGAUGAAUCUUCUUAAA